GGGGCGCAGGUGGAGAGGCCAGACUGGCCGGGGCUUUGGCCUCGGGCUUCGGGAAAUGGCGGCGGGGGGCAGGAUGGAGGACUUGAGAAAAUGGAAAACUAAGACAUGGAAGUAGAUUUGACAUUCAUGCAUUUAAAGAAAAGGAAAAAACCAUUUUUUCUGAAUUUUAAGGGUGAGAUUCAUGACCUGACAGUGUAUGGAAACAAAAUCUGAGGAAUAUGAAAGACUGUUAGAAAAAUGUGUGCAGUAAAUGCUUCUUGGCUGAUUUUUAGUGGUCCCAGAGUCUUGAAUAUGUAGCUUUUGACUUUGGGAUGAGUACAAUCCUAGAAAUCUGUUUCACCAAACAAUUGGAGAGCGAUGUUUCAUUAACAGUUACAUAGCUAAAUCCCUUUAGAUCGGCUCAAGUUGCCUGUUUUUGGUAUUUUGUGGAUAUGAUUUCUGCCAUUCAGGUAAAAGCUAAAAAUAUGGUGUAUGCAGUAAGACUAGACACUUAAAUGAGUUAGCAGAGAACAGAGGCCUUUUAUUUGGGGUUCAUUGUUUGCAAGCUGUGAAACCAACACUGGCUAAUUUAAUGAAGAAAGACAUUUCUUUGAAAAGAUACAGGGUGAAUAAACCAUUAGGCCUCCAAAAGGACUUUAAACAAGGGCAGCUCAAGGGAUGUAAGUGAUGAGAUUCCUUUCAGAAUCAGCUCUGGACUGAGUCAGCCCUACCAAGGUCUCUGUGUGCUUUGUUGCUCACAAGAAGAAUUGGAUCGCACAGCCUCCUAGUUUCCGGCAGAGGCCAGAGGAGGGUGAAGCGUAUUGAAGGAUGUUCCCAGCAUGUCCCCAGAGGAAAUUGAGUUAUGGUCACACAAGAGGAAAGAGAUCCAUAUGGGCAAAACCAACAUCUUGUAUGGGUGAUAAUGCAGCUAUUAAUAGUGGUUCCUUGGAUCUCACCCAAAGUAUUGAAGAUGACCCCCUUCUGGACACCCAGCACCUCCUGCAUCAUUCAUUACAUGCUCAUUUUAGACCCAGAUUCCAUCCUCUUCCUACGGUCAUCAUAGCGAAUCUUCUCCUGUUAAUACAUGUUGUGUUUGUCAUUUUGGCGUUUUUAACAGGUUUACUUUGUUCUUACCCUAAUCCAACUGAGGACAAGUGCCCAGGAAACUAUACAAACCCGUUGAAAGUUCAGACAGUCAUAAUCCUUGGAAAAGUCAUUUUGUGGAUUCUGCACUUUCUUUUUGAACGCUACAUUCAGUAUCACCACAGCAAAGUACGAAGCCGGGGCUAUAACAUGAUCUACCUAUCGACGAGGCAUCUUAAAGGACUUGCACUGAUGAUACACUCCACUGGCAGCACCGCCCUUCUCCUGGUGUUGUGCAUGCAGCACUCCUUCCCGGAGCCCAGCAGGCUGUACCUUGACCUCAUCCUGGCCAUCCUCGCCCUGGAACUCAUCUGCUCCCUGACGUGUCUGCUCACUUACACAGUGAAAAUCCGAAAAUUUAAUAAAGCCAAGCCACAGCCUGAUGUACUUGAAGAAGAAAAAAUCUAUGCUUACCCCAGCAAUGUAACCUCGGAGACUGGAUUUAGGACGGUUUCAAGCCUAGAAGACAUCGUUGAAAAGCAAGGAGACAUAAUAGCAUACCUGAAGCGACACAAUGCCCUGCUGAGUAAGCGGUUGUUGACUUUCACUUCCUCUGAUCUAGACUCUCCACCUAACAGAGUGUGAGAGACUCAAGGCCAAGACAGCAGGUGCAGAGGACUCCCGAGGAACGCAAGGCUGACUGACCACCUGACAAGCUGCCCUAGGGAAUUGCAGCUUUUGCAGGAUAACAUUUGACAAUUUUUAUUGGAAACCUGAAUUUCACUCUCGCUUGUGUGGCUUGUGGGACUUGUGGGUCACGCGAAAGGUUCUUCAUAGAGCCUGGAUAACUCAAGGAGGAGGUCUGUUUCUGCACGUUUUGAAGUUGUUUAACUGUCUGGUUUAUCAUAGGAUCAAAAGUAUAAUUUAAACAUCUCCCCGCCCAAUGCUUCUACAUUAGAGCCCUAUAACAAUUUAGAUAUUUAUAUAGAGAAAGUCUGACUUAAGCAAGGUUUUGAUCAAAUAAGUUCUUUCUACUCUUAAACUCAUGAGAGAAGUCAUUGUUUCUGGUGGUUGAUGUUUUUUCCCUCUUGCAGAGCUGUGUCAUGUCCUUGACAUGCUUGUGGGGUUUGGGAUUACAGCGUAGUCCGUGCGUGCUUCAGCUUUUAUGGAGCAUUUCCAUUGUAGGAUCAAGACCUCCCUAGAUAAUUUACUAUGCAAAGUCCUACAGUUUUCCAUUCUCCAGAAAUACGAUGAUGAGUUUACCUGGA